UCAAACUAAGCGUGUUACUGAUCGGCCCUUACUGAGUACACAACAUGGAGGGAGAGGAAAAACAAUCCGAAGACCCAAAUACUUUAAAAGAAUUUAUUUCGAAGAGAAAUUGGGAAAAGGACUGGCAUAUAAUCUGGACUGUUCCAGAUGGAGAAAGGACAGAAGAAAAGGCUACGACAGCUGUAGUUUACGCUUCUGCCAUCGGAGUGACUUCUGGCCUGUUUAGAGCAUCUCUUGGUCCGACAGCUGCGACAUCUUUAGGUUUGAUUCCUAAACUUGGAGUAUUUGGCGCUGUUCUUGGUCCGAACAUUGUAGCAGCAGCUACCUUUGUGUAUGUAACAAGCUAUGCUGCUCAAGUUAGAGGCAAAUCUGAAGCACACAAUCACGCCUUUGGAGGUGCAGCUGCUGGUGCUAUCCUAGGAUUCAAGCACAAAAGUCUUCUCAAGAUAGCACAAAGGAGUAUUUGGCUCGGAGUGGCCGGAGUGUUGGCAUCCCAGUUAACAACUUUGCCAGGUUUUCAAGAAAUAAUCAAGGCACCUACAGGGAAACAGUUAUAUGUGCUCGGUGGUAGGCGCUGGAAAACACCCACUAACUUGGAGCAUAAAUGAAAGGCCACCUUCCAUGAAUGUUAUAUGCCAUCGUAACAUGGAUUUGUAAAAUUAGAACAUGGGAAAAAUGAUUACAGGGCAACAAAAUUCAACAUACAUUAAAGUUUUUACAGGCGGAUACAGUGACUGUGUACAUAGAACUGGGGUUUUUUUGCAGAUCAUAUUUGGUAUCAACUUAAGUUCCAAGAGUUGGACAUUUUGUUGUACAUUAUCUUCUCAUGUGUGUUUCAGUAAAACUGUGAAAAAUUGUU